GGAAUUGAAGAGUCAGAAGUGAAGAAUCCAAGCAAGUAGUAGCGAGUUGUGAAGACUUGCCACGUGUGUAGCGGAGGGAGAACAAUCGAUUUCAUCUAAGUAGUUACAUCGACAUCUACGAACUUCAACAUCGACUCAGAAUCUGUAACAUCACAAAUCUAGUACUAAAAAAAGUACUGAACUACAAGGUGUAAUAUUCGUAAGAACAACCAAAUAGAAUACUUAACUAAGAAGUUGUGCCCUUCUUUCUUGCAUAUCAUCUGCUAUCCUCCUCUUUCUCCAUCAUCCACAAAAGAACACGAUGUAUUCUUCUUUCGCGGCAGGCGGCAUUCAUCAUUCUCCAACGAGGCCAAGGCGGAUCAUGCCCUUCGGUAAGGACUGGACGAAGAUGGGACCUGCUCAGCAUCAGAACAAGGCACACCAUGUCGUUCGAGGAGUUCAACGAGGACAGCAAGAGAUUAAGGCAACUUACAAGUUACAGUAUAAGAUACAUAAUUCAUCUUCCUUGUUGAGAUUAUUAAGGAGUAUCUAUCAAUCUACUUCUUUGGUCGUGCCCUACUUCUCUCUAGAAGUAAAGGAAGAAAAACAGGCCAAAGAUGCUUUUGAAGAUGAAUACUAUUGGCGAGCUCUAAAGAGAACCACAAUCCGAACAGCACAGCAUCAAAUAAGCCGAAAAGUAUUGCUGUGCGCAAGGAUAACGGAAAACAUCAACAACAUGGACAACAUGCUGGUGGUGGUGCUUCUAGUAGUAGUUCUACAUCACCUAGUUGUAGUUGUAAUGCAGCCAAUGCCAAGAGUGCUGGCACUCGCACGCCUUCAUCUGGGAAAAAUGCGGGAGCACCUAAGCAGGUUAUCGGUUCGUUUUUCUUGCCGAAGGCGACGAAGAAACCUGUAGUUGUGAUCCAUCCGAGGACGGGAAGAGAAAUCAAGUUGGGCUCAAAGAACACCCUCAAUGUUGCAGAGAUUGUUGCGGGAGCAGAGGAGGUAGAAGUCUCGUUUUUUUCUAGAAGCUUGUGAACUUUGCAUAGUAUCGACAAGGAGAAAAUGAUUUUGAAGAAAAAUGAAAAGCUUCUUCUGAAAGGAUUCAGAUCUGUAAACAACCCAGAGCCCACCACUGUUCUUCAACCCCAAAAAGGACUGACGACAGGUACAACAACCGCCGAAGACCUCCACUACAGUGAACGCCACUUCUAUGUUCACCAAGCCCGUUCAGCAGAAAACUGGACAACUGGUGUUUCCAGUUGGUGACUCGAGGAUUCCACAGUGCCGAGAGGAUAUGCACUCCGAUGAACACUCCCCGGCCACAACAGCGCAUCCAACGUCACCACCUGAGGACUGCCAUAGCCCUCAUCAGACGCCGUGA